UACCGGUAACAUAUACGUUACAGCUCUUGUCACGUCACGCCAUUGUUACGUCACAAUUACGGCUCUGAUUGUCUUCAGCUAUGGUUCACAGGACGAGGGAAGAUGGGGAGGAGUUGUUCGGUGUACGUAAUUCUCACCUGAUCAACGAUGGUAUACAGGAAGUUAUGGGACGACUGAUUCAGUCCACGCUCCACCCAGUCCUGUCCAGACGAACCAAGACUAGUCGCCGCCAUUCCACUUUGCCUACCACACACAUUACCAAGUCGACAGACGACAAACAUCUCGCUAAGCGGGAAACUACCUUCAAAGAUUUCGAAACGGCCGCCAUAUCGUCUGCCAAGGAAGAUAGUUGCCAGACACCAGUAGCCAUCGAUGUGUGUUUUGCAGGAAUGAGUUCUGCAAGUCUGACACUGUCUACACUCCCCAACACGUCCAAUGCCAGUGUUGUCACUGGAAGCGCAAAGCCAAAAAAGAAGUCAAAAAUCGCCAGGCUCUUCUACUGGGUGCGUCACUUCUUCCGCCAAACUAGCCGCCAUGAAAGCCAAGGAUGGCUGAAGUUAUAGACAUUCAGUAACCUGCUGUCAUCUUUCGAACUAUAAAUUUGUGAUAUUUCCGACUUUACACCAGUGCUAUUUAUGAAAUUGAAAAAGUGCCAUUAUGAAUCUAUA